AUGGCUUUGCUACAGAACGAAGACUUCCUUAUUUGGCAGCUCCGAACAUCAUACUUGACCCAUAACAAGGAUGGCAUUGGCGAGCGUCUCAUCAAUGUCGACUCUAGUGUUCUUAAUGAUCCCAGCUUCCGUGCGGCAGGGUGGACUGCCAACAUCGCGGACAUCAAGAGGACGUAUUCUCCGCCAAUCCCAACUACCAUUUCAUCUGACUACUUCGCUGCUCCUCCCAGAUCUGCCGGCAUUGCUCCCGCGGGGUUCGAAGAUGAGGAUGAGGAAGGCGGUAUGGUGACGGGACGAGGGAGUACUGAAACAGUUGGCCCAGGCCCAAACGUCAAGAGAAGACGGCUUCGUGAACAACAUGACGAAGAUGAUAGCAGUGAUCUGAGCGACGAGAGCGACGAAGACACUGAAGGCAGUAGACGGGCCGCACAGCAAAUCAAGUUCGCAAAGAUGCCUGUGAGGAAUCGAUCAGGGUCGUCGCCCAUCCGCAGCUCUUUUGCGACAGAUGGAGUUGAGGUCCUCAUCACAUCACCAUCCAGGCGAUCAAACGAGGGUAGAUUACGGAGCGGGUCUCUAACAUGCGUUGAGGCCGUGAAGCAGAGGGCUAGGAGGGACACGACCACAAGCAGUGAGAUGUCGUCCGAGAACGAGCUCGAUCCUUCAAUUUUCGGAGCAAGGCGCAAACAGACUAAUCCUGUCAAGGCAGCCAAAGCCGGUAGCCUUCUGACUGAGAAGCACAAGGAGGAUGAGCGGCAGCAAAUGCGCAAUUUGACCACCACGAUCAAUGAAGAUUCGGAAGCAGAGUCAGAUAGAAGCGAUCUCUCUUCGGAAUUUGCAGAAACCGCCGACUCAGAGUCGCUCUUAGAUGACAUUGCUGCUUCCUCACUGACUGAUAUGCCGCCACCAUUGAACGUUAACAAGGACUCUCCAAGCAAGCUGAAGAACGCACCAUCGUCUCUUCUUCAUCCGCUACCUCCAGCGCGGCCCAUCAGUACCCUCCAAUCCGUUAGUCUUCUGGGACAAGCCUUGAGAGCCGGGAAAUCCAAGCCCAAGAACCCUGUGGAGGCAUUUGCCAGGCUAUCUGGUAAAGGAGCUUUGGACCCUCUCAAUAUCCGAAUAUAUGCACCUUUCUCAGAAUCACCGGACAAACCAUUUGAAAUGCCCUUGCUGAAGAAUGUGCAAGCUACGGACUCCGGUGAAAUCCCAUUAGUCACCGUGGCAGAUGCGAUUGGAUUGAGCUUAUGGAGAUAUCGCGAAGAAGGCCUGAAACCCCCUAUCGACGAAUCUAGGCUCAGCGUUAAUCUUUGGGUAUUACGAAUGGUCGAAGAUGGAGAAGUCGAAUAUGACUUCCCUCCUUUGAACCGAACGCAGCCCAUUGUCGCUUUCACCUCGAACAACAAUCGUGGUCCUCGAGGAAGGUCUAGAGAGAAGCCAUAUGAUGAGUUUGCUUUGGUAGAGGCUACUCAAGCUCAGAUACAGGAAAACAAGAAGCUCACUCCCAAAUUCGACAAAUUGCUAGAAGCAACGAAAGUGGAGGCACCCGAAGCGGGUUCGCAGCGCCAGAGUCAGACUGAGAGAAAAGAAGCAGCUCUUGCUGCGACAGCACCUCGGAAACCAGCGCCAGCGCCAGCAGACAAGCCAGCCCUUCCUACAAUUCACUCAACACCACGGAUGGGUCCACCAAAGAUGCUCAAGAUCCACUUCACAAGUCUCGAAGCCUUCAGCCAAAUCAGUACCAUCGAGGUGACCACAGACACAUACCUCGCCGAGGUCUUAGAUAUCGUCUGUAAGAGAUGGAAACUCGACAAGUCCUACCAAAUCUUGAAAGUAUCCGGCACCAAUACUAUCGCCCCCGUAGAUCGAACAGUUGAAUCUCUCGGCGCUCGCACAGAUCUCGAUCUCGUACGCAGACGUUUCGCAAACGAUGGCGCUCUCGGUCUCGGAGGGUCGCCGGGCAGUAGCUCGCCUAAUGCACCCUUGAUUCUGGCAGAGGAAAGUGCAACGAAGGGCCAAAGGAAGGGGAAACUAAUGCAUCCGCUGGCCCAAAACUCUGAAAUGCUGAACAGUACCGCUAAGUACAAGAAGUACAACGUCAUUAGGAAACAACCUAUGUCUUUCGCGCCUUCGCAUCAACGAGUGCUGCUGAUGGACGAAGAUUACAUGCAUAUCUUACCCGGAGAGACGGGGAAGACUUUGUUUGAUAGCAGCGUAAAGACAAGUCGGGUGCCAUUCAGUAUGAUUGUAGGGUGUAAAGUCAGCAGAAGGCAUCCGAAGACAUUCCGGGUGAUUAUCAUAAGAGAAAAAGACGAUACGAAACGUUAUGAUUUCGAGGCGCAGAGCACCGUCGAUGCUGCAGAAAUCGUGGAGGAGAUCAGGAAGGGUAUGGAGCCGUAUGAUCAGCAACAUCAAAUGAUGGCGUGA